AUGAUUGCUGUGCUAGAGAAGAAUUACAGCGCACCUGCUCUCACUCUCCCCUCCUACCUUCUCUCCCAGUACAUCACUAAGGUCCAAGUGUUCUCUUCCCACCGCCCACAAGCGUUCAAAAUCCUCAAAUAUCUUGUUGCUAUCGGGGUCAUCCGCUCCCUCAAUGGCUUGAUCAACCUCUAUUCCCUCAACCACGGCACAUCCGACACGUACAACUGGAACCAAGAAAUCGCCAUCGUGACAAGCGGUAGCGACGGCAUAGGGCGGCGGGUUGCCAUCCUGCUUGCCGCACGGGGCGUCAAAGUGGCUGUGCUGGACAUCCAGCCGCUUAAAUACUAG